AUGCCGCGGUAUCCCGACAGAGUAGUCGAAGCCUUGGGCAUAGAUUUGCAUCAGACGGAGCUCCCGAUGCAGACUGGGAAGGAGCCUCAUUUCGUCAAGUUACGGCCCGGUGUACAUCAGUUCUUGGAAGCACUACAACCGAUGUACGAGUUCUAUAUCCAUACUAAGGCUACGAGAGUGUAUCUUGAAUAUGUGAUGGAGGCUCUUGAUCCGCACAAGAAAGGCUUCUUCCGAAAUGAUAAUGUAUUCUCCCGUUGCGACGAUAUGAAACACGGGUCGAAUGAAAACAAGGACAUACGAGCGGUAUGUUCCCGGCCUAGGGAGGAGGUUAUCAUCCUCGAUGAUAAGGAUAAAAUAUGGUUAGACUUCCAACCCAACGUCAUCAAGUGCCCACCAUAUAAAUAUAUGGACCAGAAACUACUCCAAGUCGUUCGAGCCCUCAAACAAACAUCGGACUGGAUAAAGGAGGGCGGCCCGGAGAGCGGAUACCCUAAACCGGAAUUGGAUGAUGCGUCAAAGAACUUCGAUGGAUACCUCCCUGCCAUGGUUCGAGUCUUCACCGAGAUCCAUCAUCGAUAUUGCAAGGCUUUGGUAGAUGCAGCUGGUGAUGGUUUCGUUGUUGAUGUUAAAAACGUCAUCGAUGAUACUCGGAAGCAGACCUUCAAGAACUGCCGCAUCAUGCUCACUGGGUUCAACCAGAAUGAGGCAUCCGAACGAGCUGAGAUGAUCGAAAUGUACGGCGGCACAGUUAUCAACAAUGUGGAAGAUGAACCAACUCAUUUGGUCUGUGCUAAAGGCGGUACUGCUAAGUGUCACCUGAUAGCAAAGGCAAUGAAGGAGGAUUCGUUAAAAUGCAAGAUUGUCCAUCCAUGUUGGUUGGAUCAUGGCUUCGCUACAUGGAAACAUCCUAGUGAAUUCAUAUUCGAGAUUGGCAAAUUUACUGCGGAUCCUCGGACAGGACAGUAUCCUGUUAUGGAUCAUUUCUUCGUGAAGUACUUAGCCGAUGCCCAUGAGAAGAUGGAAGAGAGAGCACAUCGAAAGCGACGGGACGUAACUAAUUCCAAUAACAAAAUAAAUCAACAGCAGCAAGAACCACCAGUUUUAGAUGUAUAA